UCAUGUUCUCUAAAUUGGUAGCUCUCUGCGCAUUCGCAGCCGUGGCCUCAGCUGGCUUAGUGCCCGCUGGCGUGCACUACUCCCCAGCUGCAGCAGUCUCCUCCCAGAGCAUCGUCCGCCACGACCAGCACCAAGCUAAACUGGCGUACGCUGCUCCCGUCGCCAAGCUCGCCGUCGCCGCUCCCGCUGUGUACCACGCCGCCCCUGCCUCCGUGUACCACGCUGCCCCCGCUGCAGUGUACCAAGCCGCUCCCGCCCCAGUGUACCACGCUGCUCCCGCCCCCGUCGCCUACCACGCCGCUCCCGUGCACUAUGCCGCCCCCGUCGCUAAGGUCCUCGCUCAACCUGAGGAGUUCGCUCACCCCAAAUACGAGUUCUCUUACGCCGUGUCCGACCCCCACACCGGUGACGACAAGCAACAGCAGGAGGUCCGCGACGGCGAUGUCGUGAAGGGCUCCUACUCGUUCCACGAAGCCGACGGCUCCAUCAGGACCGUGGAGUACUCUGCCGACGACCACAGCGGCUUCAACGCGGUCGUGCACAACACCGCGCCCACCGCCGCCCCCGUCGUCUACAAGCAAGCCGCCGCUCCUCUCCUCCUCAAGGCUCCCGUCUACGCCGCUGCUCCUGCUCACCAAUACUACCACUAA